CGACCCGGCCUGUCCUUCCUCCCUUCCCAGGUUUUGAAAGCAGAAAGCUCAGAACCAAAAACGCCGAUGCAACAAUGGCUUCACUCUUCCACCACUUGCAGUUCCUGAAGCUGAAGCAGAAGCGUUCCUUCUGCACCACCUCCAAAUGGAAGGUGAAGCAGGUCACCACCUCCAACUUCACCCAAUCCUUGGACGAGUUAAAGACUCACAUCUCCUCCUCGGACUUCAUCGCCAUAUCCAUGGAGAAAACCGGUUCUUCCUGCCCCCGUGUUCUCCCCUUCGAUACCGCCGAAACCGCCUACCUCAAGCUCAGACCCUCCGCCCACCGCUUCCAGCUCCUCCACUUCGCCGUCUGCCCGUUUUCCGUUACCGACUCCAACAACCUCGUUGCUCACCCGUAUAACUUCCUACUUUUUCCGAGAGAUGAGCUGAAGAUGGGGAUGCCUGCAUACAGUUUUUCAUGCCAGACAUCGUAUCUGGCGUCCAUGGCUCGCAAGGGUUUCGACUUCAAUGCUUGCAUAUAUAACGGCAUAUCAUAUCUAUCCAGAGCACAAGAGUCAUUAGCUAAAAUUCGUAUUGGGACUGCUUCUCCUUCUCAUAAUGUAAUGAAAUCAUCUUCGCCCCCUACUGUUGCUGAUAAAAUAUUUGUUGAGAGGAUUAGAUCACGGAUUAGACAUUGGAGAAAGACAUGUAAAAGCUCGGGCACAAACUCAAGCAAAGAUGAAGAACUUAUCAACUCUCUUAGGAGUAUUGUCCUGGGUAGUGAACAGUUCAGAUCAAGACCUUCCUUGACUAUAGAUGUUUGUAGUGAACGUCAAGCGCAGCUAAUUUUGGAGAUGUUGGUAGACUUCGCAGAUGACCUUCUUCCUUUGCCAGUCCCUGCAAAGAGUGGGAGUGGGACCACCCAGGCAGUACGUAUUGUUUUGGCAAAUUCAAAAGAAGACAAGGAUUUGUUGGAGAAAGAGCUUCAAAGUUUUGAAGAGGAGGAGAACAAGAAAAUUCGUGGAUUUCGAGAGGUGAUCGAUUUGAUCUCUGCUUCACAGAAACCUGUUAUCUCCCACAAUUCCCUUAAUGAUUGUACACUUGUUCAUUCAAAAUUCAUUGCACCCCUUCCACCACAAGUAGAUGAGUUCAUUAGCUCCUUGUGCACGGCUUUCCCCAAAGUGCUUGACCUGAAUUAUUUGAUGAAGAAAAUUGGAUCCACGAGAAAACUCAGUGGCAUACCUAGUGCUAUAUCCUACUUGAAUAAUAAUUUCUAUGCACCUGUAGAUUUGGAAAUUCCUGACCGAGAUACAGUAAACAAAGGCAGGAUUCAUGGACUUAAUGCAUUGAGGCUAUGCUAUUUAUUUAUGAAGCUCUGCUCUAUACUGAAAAUUUCUCCAAUUGUUACGGAAUAUGGCAAGAAGCACUUGGCCCCUGAGCUUGAAAACGCUACCAACGUCUUCCAUCCAUGCUCAACAAGUAUCCAAGAAUCAUGUAAUGGGGAUAUUAAUGUGUGGACCCAUAAUACAAGGAAAGUCAGUUGUGAAAAUGUGGUUUUCUUGUGGGGAUUUAAAUUUGGCACGACAGCUGGAAUGCUGAAGAACGUACUUCGUUCAUCCCACGAUAUCUUUUCAGGAGAGUUUGAUGUUAAAUUGGUGGAUAAGAGUUGUGCCAUUGUUGUUUUCUGGCAGCAAGGGUUAUCAAAAGAUUUUCUAGAUGUAAUGAAUAGUGAAGAAAUUAGUGGAGACUUAAAGGAGUUAGUGUCAGAUGGUGUGAGGGUAACUUGCUAUGAUACCUACAAGACAAUGUGUAGGCUAGGUUUGUGGGAGAUGGAUCUUGCAGAGUCCUUAGAAAGAGCCUUGGAAAGUUCUCGCUAUGAUACAAAGAUUAAUGGUGAAAGACAUUCUUCUGAGAUUCAUUGGUAUAAUGACAAUGUAAUUAACUUCGAUGAUCUUUAAAGCUGUCUUUGAGCUAUUUAUAUUUC